UUCGUCCCGUUCCAUUUCUCCUACCAAUGAAAAUCCCCGUACAGUACCGGGAAUUCAACCCGGGUCCUUUGCAGAGCAUCGGGAGACACUGGAGCUGCGAAGGCGGACAACGGUCGUGCGCCUUGAGGAAUGUGAACGUGACUGUGGUCGCCCGCCGCCCCCACAGCACUGCUAGGACGCUGCCUGUCCUCAAAGAGUUACGCAUCCGCCUGCCAGUGCUGAAAGUAAAGUGCCAGAAGGAUGCUCAAAAGCCCACACGGCAAGCAGCGAAAAAGAGUCAGUAUUUCAACACUGAGCAAGAUGCAGAUGCCAUUUUAGAGAUGCUGCUGAAUGGAGAGGUGUCAGAUAUCGAUUUAUCAUCAGAUGAAGAAUCAUUUCCUGAUGUAGAAGCCUACUGUACUUCAAGAGAGAAGGAAGUGGGAGUGGGGGCUGACAAAAUGAACAGGGGAGAAACCAAUGAUGAGUAA